AUGAACACAAGUACAACCUACACAUACGUUAGACCUUCCGAUGGUUUAUUUACUUUAAUUUUAGGCAAAACCGUUGAAACAAUUACUGCCAACAACAAAAUAUAUUACCGAUUCCAAGAUCUCAGAAUCAAAUACGAUACAGUUUCCAAGUACUCUAAAAAUGACGACACUAUAAAAGGACCAAAGAAUUUGAUAUACGUCUGUAUGGAAAUUGUUGUUGAAAUAAUUCUAAAAGAAGAUAGAUAUCGACCUCUUUUCUUUAAUUACCUCACACAACAACAGUUACAACAAAUACAUCACAAUUCCCAAACAACCCAACAACCUUUAUCCCAAACAACACAACAACCUUCGCAAAACUCUGUUCUCCAUGGUUCACAAGACACUACUACUAGACAACAACACAAAUCGUCUGGCACCAAGAAACCACAACAAGAAAUAGAUAAACAAAACAAAAUAGACUCUCUCUCACAACGAUCUUCUAAAAAACCGAAAGUAUUGACAAAACGAUCACGAUCCACUGACCAUGAAAUUUCAGAAACAACUAAAAAAAAGAAACAAAACAAAAAAGCCAGAGAACAAGAAAUCGAUCUCUAUUUAAAAACUUUGAUACAAAAAUAUGACAAAGAAAAGGAAGAUAUUGCGAAAGCUAACAUUUCCAAAGUUAAUCUAGUUGCAGCUUCUGAAACACGGGAUGUUUUCAUUCAACACAAUUCGUUACGAAAUAAUUCAAACAGUUUUGAUGCUGCGUCUCGACAACACACAAAGUUUUUUGAUCUGUUUAGUGAAAUUUCUAAUUUAUGCCAUAUCAAGUUUUCUCAUUUGUUGUAUCAUCAUUUCAAAAAAAACCCAGAAGCAAUAAUAGCUCUAUCACAAGCCAUCAGUUCAUCAAAUAUACCAGAAGGAAAAAAGAAUGUAUAUAGACAGUUCAAACAAAUGACAUUACGACCAAUCUCAUUGACGAAACAAUUGAAAGUUAAAGAUGAGCUUUGUUGUUCAAACAAAGCUUGGAAAGAACAUAUCUUUUCUUUAGGGUUAAAAGAUAUACUUCAAGCUGAUCUUAAGGCAAUAGAAGGUCAGGUAACAAAUGCGUUGGUGGAAUAUUUUGGGAUAGAUCAUAAAUUAAGAGGAUUUGUUAUGAAAAUAGAAGCUGUUAUUAUUGCAGCUGUAAAAAGUCACUUGCACAACGUUUAUUUGAGAAAACAACGACAAUGUCCCGUCCAUGAAGAAUUACCGGAUUCUCUUGUAGUCAAAAUGAGUAUGGAUGGAAGAAAAUUUGAUGGACUUCAAACAGUAGUUGUUACUCUUUCUAUUUUAAAUUUAACUACAUUUGGAACUCAAGAACGAAGAAAUGUAUUCCCUAUAGCGAUGUAUAUUGGUGAUGAAGAAGAUAUUUUGAAGUACUGUGAGGACUUUAAAGAAGAAGUGGAAAAAAUUUCAAAAGAGGGAAUUGAUAUCGUUAAAAAAAAAGCUGACUCUUCAUUAAGCAAAGAAAAUUUUAAUCUAAAGGUGACUAUAAUAUGGGUUAGCGAUUUAAAAUCUCUUUCAUUUGUCAGCGAUUUAUUAGAAAACGAUAUGUUUUGUUUGAGAUGCUGUUGCUUAACGAGUAACAGUUUAAACGGGACAUCAAAACCUCGAUUUUUAAACCAUAAGUUUGGUAUUGAUUCAUCCAAGAUUUAUAUUUGCAUUCUUCAUGCUGAUGAACGUAUUACGGAGCAUUUGGUAAAAUGGUCCUUGGGUUCAGGAGAACAUGAAACUCUAAUACUUGAAAGAGUUAAAAAAUUGCCAUGUUUUUCACCAACUUUUACAUUUCGUUCCCAGGCCAAACAAACUUCUGAUACUGAAGAAGAACCGGUAUUAGAUUACCAGGAUUAUAAAUUCAUGUUGACCGGAGGGAUGGUUGAGGCUAUUUCUCAUCAAUACAAGAAUAUAUUUGAAGACAUUAUUUCAUCUGAAUUGAUGCAAAUUUGGGAUCUUUGGAUUACCAUUCGUCAGUGGCUUAAAAUGACGAAUGAAGAGCGAGCAAAGAAAACGGAACAAGAUCAACGUGAAUUUUAUUUGCAACUGACACAAUGGCAUGUUAAACUUACUCAAUUUAGAUCUAGCGUUGGACAGCUUCCUUAUUAUAUGCAUAUUAUUGUUCACCAUGUGAAAGAGUUUUUUGAUGAAAUAGGUUCGUUGGUACCAAUUUCCAAUGAGGCAGUUGAAGGUUCUCAUCAACACGACCACUUCAUUACCGAAAGAGCAACAGCUAAAGGAAAAAAAAAAUUCUUUUUUGAAGAUAUUGAUAGUGUAUACUCAGAGAUGGAGAAAAUCGACUAUGAAGAGCCAGAAAUGUCGAUCGAUGAAUUUGAUAGAGUUUUUAGAUAUGAAAGACAUAUUCCAAAGCAAACAGAACCACGUGAAUGGAAUCAAUUGUAUCGUAUUUUCCAAUUGAUUGUUAAGAAAUUGCGAGUUUUAUAUCUCUCUUUUAGGUCUGAUGAAGAUACAACGUUUGAAAGAAUAGAAGAACGAUCAGGUAAAAAAAAAGAGAAAUGGAUGAGUUUCAAAGAUAUGAUUAUCAAUGACCGUGUACUCGUUGACAGUAAUGAAGAAACAACAACUAAUUUGGAGUCUACUCGUACAGAAUUGGAGAUUUCACAAUUGGACCUGAACUUGGAAUUAAACUUUGACCAGGAACAACUGUUUCAAGAAGAGCAAAGUGACAACGAAGAACAGAGUGAUGGCGAAGACCAAAUUGAAGAUGAAGAGAUGUUUAAUUUUGAUGACGGAGAUGAAGAGAUGGCUGAAAGUAUUUCAGACGGUAUUGUUGAUUAUGAUCUUCUAUUUUGA